GAGCAGCGUGCUGGUUCGCUGUGCUAUGAAGUGUCAGUGCAUGCCACCGCAAUACAGAUAAACACAAGCCAGUUCAUUCCUUACUGUACGGAAAAAACGAGUGAAGAAGAGAAGCGUUUUAAUACGAACACAGCCGUUUUAUUAGUAGCCCGACAGCAGCUCUCUGGAGAGGAGGAGUGAAACUGCGCAGCGCUGUCUGUGCGAGGUGGAGCAGAGACACAUCUGAAACAUUCACAUCAAACUUCUCACCUCAUCGAGGCACGGAUUGCACCCUUACUACAGACAACAUGGAAUAGAAGGACUCCGAGAGAAGCCUAACAACACAAAUUGAUGUUUUCUGCUGAAUAAACGUUAGAGGGGAAGAAACUGGUCCGUUAAAAUCAGCAUCAGCUUUGUAGUGGAUUGAAAGAAGGAGCUCAAGAUGUCUGUACCGGUGUUCUGUAAAAUGUUUGACUGUCUGCAGGGGGCUCCAGCUGAGAUAGCAUCUAGAGCGUUAAACCCCUCAUCUGCAGGAUCUGGAACUCUUCUAGAGCAGCACCUACUUCCUACAGAGACGCUGAAUGUGUUGGCGAAGGCCCUGUACGACAAUGUGGCGGAGUCACCAGACGAGUUGUCCUUUCGCAAAGGUGACAUCAUGACCGUCCUGGAGCGGGACACGCAGGGGUUGGAAGGCUGGUGGCUCUGUUCGCUACAUGGACGUCAAGGCAUCGUUCCUGGCAACCGGCUGAAGAUCCUCGUGGGCAUGUAUGAUAAACAGCAACAGCAGCAGUUACAGCAGCAAUCGAGCCAACCAAGCCCAACCCAGAGCCAUCUCAACCUGCCUCAGAGUGCCUACAGCAAGCCUCCCCCUGCAUCCCAGUACACGGCCAUGCACCCUGCCUUCUCCUCCAGCUCCGCCAACUCAACCAACCCAGAUGGCGUCUACAUGCUUCCCCCCAGCCACGGCCUGCCUGCUCCCUCCAGCGUCUACCAGGUGCCCACCGGCCCCCAACCUCCACUGCCCCAACCCAAAGCUCCCGCUGUGGCACAAAAGCAAAGCCAUGCACUGUACCCUCCCACCCCACAGGAUGUCUACCAGGUGCCCCCCUCUAUUAGUGUUCCAGGCCAGGACAUCUACCAGGUGCCAUCCACUGCAGGAGGCCUGUGUCCAGGGCAAGAUGUGUACCAGGUGCCACCCUCUGUGAACCAGACACAAGAAGUUUACCAGAUUCCCCCAUCAAUAGAGAAGAGCUGGGACUCUCCCAAACCCAUGGGGAAGGUGGUUGUUCCCACGCGGGUUGGUCAAGUGUAUGUAUAUGACACGGGGAAAAAUGAACAGGAUGAGUACGACGUCCCCAGACACCUCCCACCCACCCAGGAUAUCUAUGACGUGCCGCCCACCCGCACCCAGUACAAUCAACAGGUUUAUGAUACUCCUCCCAUGGCUAUGAAAGGCCCACCCAGUAGAGAUGGUCAGGAGAUCUAUGACACUCCACCUAGUGUGGACAAGAGCCAGCUGCACUACCAACAAGCGGUAUAUGACAUUCCUCCAUCUGUCAGCAAAGAUGUUCCAGAUGGUCCAUUCAGGGAGGAAACAUACGACGUUCCUCCUCACUUUGCCAAGAUGAAGAGUCUGGAGAAUCAGAACCAGGCCUAUCUGUCUCAGAUCCCAGGCGGUCCCGAGUCUCCCAUUCCAGAGGACGUCUACGAUGUUCCUCCACCUCAGCUCAUAGGAAAACGACAGCCUGAGGGCCAGGAGAUCUAUGACAUCCCUGCCAGCCUGCGAAAGGGCGGCCCACAGGACCACCACCCUGCAGAUGUGUAUGAUUUCCCCCGUGAGCGACCAGCAGGCGAAGAAUCGGGCGAUUAUGUGUAUGAUGUGCCUCCGCAGGUGGUGCGUGACGCAGCGGCCACCGAGGAGCUCACUGUGAGCUUCAAACGCCUGUCAGCGUCCAGCACGGGGAGCACCCGCAGUAACCUCUCAACGUCUUCUCUGGACAUGGUGCCAGUGCGGGAAUCUUCUGGUCCUGGCCGCCUGCUGCUUCUGGAUCUAGACCAGGCCAUGGAGCGGCUGUCCCGUCAUCAACAGGCUGUGGAGAGCUCAGUGUCCCUUCUCAUGUCAUUCAUCAGUGGGAACUGGCGCAGCUCUACUCAAAUGGAGUCCAACCUCCCUGCUAUCCGACAGGCCGUGGACCGCAUUCGUGUGGCUGUCAGGGACCUGCUGGAGUUCGCUAGAGGAGCCGUGGCCAACGCCACCCAGGCCACCGACCGCACACUGCAGACCAAGCUCAGCAAGCAGCUGCAGAAGAUGGAGGAGGCCUUCCAAGGUCUGGUGAGGUACAGUCAGGCACUGGACUCCUUGGGCUGGUCCCCCGCGGCUCUGAUGGCACCUUCUACAGGCACCGGUGGGGACGACCUAGACCGGCUGGUCAUGUGUGCCCGAGGCGUGCCUGAUGACACCAAGCAGUUAGCAUCGUUCCUCCAUGGAAAUGCAUCUUUGCUCUUCAAACGGACAAACAAACAGCAGCAACUGCCGCUGCCACCCGUUCCUCAUACUGGUGACGUUCUGGGUCAGCUGACCAACAACAACAUCUCAGCAUAUCAGUCAGGCACACCUGAACGGGCCAAUAUCCAGUCCCGCCCAUUACCCUCUCCUCCCAAAUUCUCAGCUGAGGAAGAGACUCCAGACAGGCCGUGCGAGACGACAGAGGAGGGGUGGAUGGAGGAUUACGACUAUGUUCAUUUACAGGGUAAAGAAGAAUUUGAAAAGAACCAAAGACAGCUGUUGGAAAAAGGGAGCAUCAAACAGAAUAAGACUCUACUGGAACAGCAACAGCUAAAGCAGUUUGAGCGACUGGAGCAGGAGGUCUCCCGACCAAUCAACAGUGACAUUUCGGGCUGGACUCCGCCCUCUCACUACCCGCAGACUCCGCGCAGCAAGCUGUGCUCGGGCGACCGGCAGCUGCUGCUCUUUUACAUGGAGCAGUGCGAGGCCAACAUCACCACGCUCACCAACGCCAUCGACGCAUUCUACUCCUCCAUCAACAACAACCAGCCGCCCAAAAUCUUCGUCGCCCACAGCAAAUUCGUCAUCCUCAGCGCUCACAAGCUCGUCUUCAUCGGAGACACGCUCUCCAGGCAAGCCAAGUCUUCCGAGGUUCGCACCAGGGUGGCCCAGCACAGCAACACACUCUGCGAAAAGCUCAAAGACAUUGUGGUCAGCACCAAGACGGCGGCCCUGCAGUACCCCUCACCAGGGGCCGCCAGAGACAUGACGGAAAGGGUGCGGGAGCUGGCGGGCUGCACCCAGCAGUUCCGCAUGGCGCUCAAUCAGCUACUGGCCAUGUGAGUGCAGGGGUGAACGUGCCCCGGGACAGUCCAUGCACAGAGCCUGUUUUAAACUCACUGGACAAAUGUACCCUGUGCCACGAGCUUUUUAUCUCCAAAGGACAAAAUGAUUAAUGGGCAGAGCCAUUGGUUGUAAAUGAAUCAUUGUAAAUAUUUAAGUUGCUGUAUGUCAGGGACAAUGUAACACGGCGAAUCCAGGCGGUUGAGGAACUUUUUGAACCAGGGAGGAGAAAGAGAAGGAAACUAUCUAAAGAGUAGAUUUAAGACAUUAUGCAUUAUUAUAGCUAUAACUGUAAUUAUUGCUCUGAUUAUUAUUAUUGUCAACAUAAUUAUUAUUAUGAGAUGCUGACUAAAGGUGUUUAAAAUUUGAAUCGUGUAUGUAGAAGUACAACCAUUUCCAUGGAAGAUCAACAAUGGAGGGUUUUUUUUUAUGAAUUGUGCCUGUUAGAAGCAAAAAAUGGCAUUUAACGUUUAUCCUCUUGCUGUUGUUCGAAGAGGCUGAUCACAGAGCAUGCUGGGAGUGAGCCAAUCGGCAGACCUGAAACAUUCUUCUCAUUUACUGUGAGAGUACAGAGGACUUAUUUACCCACAUUUACCAAUGCAAAGCAACAAGAACGGGUGAAGAACACAUCAAAUUUGGACUACUUUUGGAACAUUUUGUGAAAUUGAAAUAUUUCUGAAAUAUUCCCUGCCUGUAAGCUCUCGAAUGCCUUUUCAUGGCUUUGCCCCUUUGGCAAGUUUUAAGCUAGUUUGAAAACAUAUCACGUCAUUAUUUGAGAUCUGAUUAUGUCCCUAAGAAGAGCCAAUAUUUAGUCUUUCAGCAUCAUUUGACCUCCAGUGUAGUGCCACUUCCUGCUGGACAGGUGCAUUGUGGCCACAUCCUGAGCGUUCCUGAUUUCAUAUUUAUCCUUUGUCUCUCAGAUAUCGCACCACAUCCAACAUAGACAGUGCAUUAAUGUACUAUAUCCAAAACCAGCUUGUUUAAACUCUCCCUCCAUUGCAUCCGUUUCUGAAUGGAGACCUGAACCACCUGUCUCGACUUCCCUCGCCUUGUCCUUUUGCUCCUUGUUGGUUGUAUUCUAAAUUUAAGAAUAUGUCAGAAAAGUAGUUUAAUGAAACUUAUUAAACUUUUUAAGUACUGCAACAUGUUGUUGUGUAUAUAGUCAAAAUCCUUAUCCAGUUGAAAAAAAAAAAGAUAAAAAAAAGAAGCAUUUAAGCCAAAUGGUGACCUGAUGUAUGUUGUACUGUUAAUCUGUUCUCAAAUCUGUGUUCAAGGGUUUGAAUGAUAUUGACAUAUAUGUUACUGUAAAUUGCAUAACUGGAAAUAUAUGUUUAAUAUAUUUUCAUUAAAAAAAUAAAUUCCUGUC